AUGGGGCUACUCCCGUGGGUUGCCAUGGAUACUAACAAUGGUCACCCUGUCCAUUGCGUUAGACAAAUAGAAGUCGAUUUUUCUGAACAUGAGAGACAAAACAGGGCACCGCCUCCAUCAGAAGCGACAAAAUGCAUGCACCAUCCUCCUCCGUCGUUCCGGUUCGAGACCAUACCGAACGGGCUGCUCGACGCCGACCGCGGCGGAGGCAGCACGCCGCUGGAGCGCGACCGCGCCCUGUCACAGUCCACCAGCAAGCGGGGCGCGGCGCCGCUGCGGGAGCUCGUCGCGCGGCUCCGGGGCGGGACCGGGAGCACGCCGGCGGCGGGCGCGCCGCCGCCCGUGACGUGCGUGAUCCCGACGGCACUGAUGAGCUUCGCGCUGGACGUGGCGCGGGAGCUCCGAGUCCCGAGCAUGGUGCUCUGGGUGUGCCCCGCCGCGUCGCUCUUCUGCCAGACGAGGCUCCGCGAGCUCAAGCAGAGGGGCUACCUGCCACUCAGAGACGCGAGCUGCCUGACCAACGGCCACUCAGAGACGUCGCUCUCGAACCAAGAUUGCCAUCUCAUGAAUCAAAUAAGCAAAGUUCAUCCUGCCGUCACAAGUAGGAGAAGCAAGGGGCAGGCGAACCUGGUGUUUGCUCGCUGCCGGUGA